UCUUUGUCCAAAAAGAAAACAAAGAAGACCGGCAUUUCUACGGUUGUGAAAGUUCAAUGGAAAGCCCCGUCGCCGGUGCGUAAUUACCCUGUCAACGCUGGCGGCGGUCCUCAGUAUGCGCAACAAGGUGGGUUAUUUGCUCCGCUGCCGCCACCGUUGGAUGUGAGGAGACCGCCUCCCGCGUUGCCCGUGCAUCUCAUGUCCAAUACUGGGUUGCCGCCGCUGACGUUUGACGAUCAAGAGGGCAGGAAUCGGAACCAAGGAAUUUGAUUGUGCCGUUGAACCGUUUA